CACUGUAACAUUUCCUGGAGUUCCACGGUCCAUGUUGUUAACUUGUCACAGAUAGAAUAAACACAAGGGAGCAACCCUAAAAUAGUAUACGGGCUUAUUAUUUUGCAGCUGCAUCUGCAACUGCAACUAUAUAUGAGCCAACGCAGACCUCUUUUUUCUCUUUCAUUACACAAACCAAUUUCCCACCUUUUUCCCUCAUAACCUUUCUUUCUUUCUUUCUUGCAUCACUUUUUAAUUUUCUCUUAAAUUAGUUUUAGCCGUCGUCUUCUCUCCAGAAGCAGAACACCAACAACAACGUGUAAGUGAGUACGACGUCGUAGAAGGAGAUCAUGUCUCGCACGUGCUCUCAGUGUGGGAACAACGGCCAUAACUCGCGCACAUGCACCGAAGCCAGCGGCGCCGCCUCGGCUGCUAAAAACGGCAUCAUGCUAUUCGGCGUGAGAGUCACGGAGGGAAACGCGUUCAGGAAGAGCGCCAGCAUGAACAAUCUCUCCCAGUAUGAGCAGACCCUGCAAGCCGACUCAAACGGUGACGCCGGCUACGCCUCAGACGACGUCGUACACGCCUCGGGCCACCGCCGCGAGCGCAAGAGAGGUGUUGCGUGGACGGAGGAGGAGCACAGGCUGUUCUUGUUGGGUUUGCAGAAGGUGGGGAAAGGAGAUUGGAGAGGGAUUUCUAGAAACUUCGUGAAGACUCGGACGCCGACUCAGGUGGCGAGUCAUGCUCAGAAGUACUUCCUCAGGCGUAACAACCACAACCGAAGACGCCGCAGAUCUAGUCUCUUCGACAUCACCACUGAUACCCCAUUGACGAAUUCAUUGAUGGAUGAAGAACACAUAGGCCAGCAGCAGCACCAAGAAACAGCAACAGCGUUGCCACAGCCACAAAUGAAUUUGGGUCGCCACAUUCUUGGAGGGUUUCCAGUUUCGACUUUUCCCAUGGGGCUGUCUCCGGGGGUCCUACCCGUCUCUGGUGAAACCUCAUCAGUGGACAAUCUGACGUCAUCAAUAGGACCAAAUUUGAAUUUACAGAACGACGUGCCGCAGCAGGCAAAAGGAGCACCAACGACGUUGUCGGCUAAGCUCAUCCGUCCGAUUCCACUUCAUCCGGUGCUCCCUCCCCCAUCUUCCAAAAUGGCCGGUCUUAAUUUGAAUAACAAGUACACGCCGUCACCCAAAAGGGAUCCAUCGCCUUUGUCGCUCAAGCAACCAACGACGUCGUCCGAGGAGCAGUCACCUAAUACGACGUCGUCUCACUCGUCUGCGUUCCAAGGCAUGUCCAGUGGCUCAGAUAGCAUCAUCAGCGUGGCUUAAUUAAGUAAUGAACAAGUUCAUUUGGAUGUACGUCGUACGUGUGUGUGUUGUAUAUAUACGGCCGGCUGUAGUAAGCUAGCCAAGCAGCAUGAUGGGAAAUGAAGAUUAAUUAUUGGUGGGCCUAAAUCCUAAUUAAUUAGAUGGAUAAGAUAAAAGUGGAUUUAGGUGGAGUAAUUAGAGUACUCUAAAAAGGGGUUAGGUUUAUGUAGCUAGGUGAUUUAGGUGAUUAAUUUUUUUUUUUUUUUUUUUUUGGUACAGGGAUUGGGUUGGGUUUAAUUUAGAAAAAGUUAUAUUAUUAUUAGGACAAGAUGGGAUGUCGAUCUCAGACUUCUCUCUGUGUGGGGAUUCUUGUUUUAAUUUUGUCUGCUUCCUUUUGUGGUGGAAUGAUAAAGAGCACCAGGUGCGCAUUGUUAUUUGGUCCUCUUCCUCUCGACCCUUUGCUUGCACUUUCAACUAGCACAAAAAAAAUCUCAAUA